AGUAUUCGGGGUUUAUCUAACGCGCUGCACGCGCGGUAUCUCAGACACAAGCUGGACAGAAGACAACGCGUCAGGCAACUGCGUAAUUAUGCAGAGGAACAGAAAGUGGCACCGCUUUUGCUCUACACGACCAAAAGAUGUCCAAUGACAGGAUAAACAUACUGGUGUUGUGCGCACUUUCUUUGGCUUUAGUCGCGAACGCGGGACAAACUUUUGAAAGCAAAGUGAUUCAGUUGCUUCGUGAUGAGCCGGAGAACAUUAAAUGCUUUUCUGAGACACUGAGGGAUUUCAUCUGUUUCUGGGAAGGAGAGAGGAAGACCAGUCACCACGGCCAAUCCACCUUCACCUUCAUUUACCAAUACCAGAAUGAGAACAGCAGUGUGUGUGCUGUGUCUGAACUGCCUAUACAACAAGAUAGUGGUAAAAGGUUGUUUCUCUGCAAUAUCCCCAAAACUCAACACUUCGCUUCUCUCCGAAUACGUGUGUUUCAGGGGGGAAAAGAACUCUACAACCGCACCCUCUUUAUUGACCAUGCUGUUUUACUGGAUCCUCCUGCUAACCUGACUGUAGUGAGCACAGAGAAACAAGGGGAACUGAUCGUGAGCUGGCUGCCUCCUGCUAUAAAGUACAUAGAUGACAGUUUGAUAUAUGAGAUCAGAUAUGUGACAGAAGGGAGUCCUAUGAGGAAGGAAAUAGUAAAAGCCAGCACAAAGUUCACCCUGCGUGGCCUUCAGCCAAGCAGCAAAUACAAGGUGUUGGUCCGUGUCAAACCUGACGGCAUCACCUAUGAUGGUUACUGGAGUGCUUGGUCAGGUCCUGAGUUCGGGACUACAUCCCCAAGUGACCCUUUGAUUGUGGUACUGGUUCUCAUCAUCUCUCUGAUCCUCAUCUUGCUGUCUCUUACUGUGCUUCUGUCCCACCACAAAUUCCUGCUAAAGAAAGUCUGGCCUGCCAUCCCUUCACCUGAGCACAAAUUCCCAGGCCUUUUCACAGUCUACAAGGGAGACUUCCAGGAGUGGCUUGGCCACAGUAGUGGCAGCAGAUGGCCAGUUCAUAUCUACACCGAGGAGCUUCCUUCCUCACUGGAGGUGCUGUCUGAAGUCAGUCAAGCACCAUCACUGACAAGUCACACAUAUUCACCGAGGCCAGAAGCAACGGCUGACUUCCUGAGACAAGAGCCACAGGCCAUAUUAGAAGCAAACAAUCAGUUAGAAACGCAGGACGUCGAUGCAGGUUUGAUUGAUAGAUGGCAAGAACCUUCCCACAGCCACUGGUUUAUGGAGCAGCUAAGGGCUUUUCAAGAGCAUCCAGAGAUCCUCUCCCAUUCAUCACUACUCGAAUCACAAGACACAUACGUCACCCUCAACCAGAACUCUCAACAUACGCGAGGAGAAGUGCAAAGGGACGACAGCUUUGAGGAGACCUUGCCGCUACAGGUUCUCUUUGCUAGCAAAGGGUCUUCCUUGACGGCUGCCUCAGAUUCUGAUAUUGGAUCCCUCCCACAAAUUUCUGGAUCAGGAAGACUUUCAUCACAGUCCAGUCUUGAAUACCCAAACCACACGUGGCCUUCCAAAGGUCCAGGAUAUACCUACAUGGCUGUGGCAGACUCAGGAGUCUCCAUGGACUACAGUCCAAUGAGCUUCAGCAGAAUAACAGACAUGGGUAAUGACACUAUCUGUGCCAAUGAAUACAAAAAUGAGAUUCCUGGACACAGGCGACAACUUAUUAGUCAACCUAUCCACUUUGGCUACUGAUUAAAAAACUUUCUGCAUAAUAAAUCAAGUAAAAAUGAUGUCCAAGUAUGAACUUCUGGAGAGUCAUGUGCAAAAGACUGGAUUUUUGUGCUCAUGAUGAUGGGUCCCUUCAGUGCUUGUUUCUGAAACGAUCAGAAAGACAAUAAAACAAUCAAGGAAUGGACAGUAAGAAUAUCCCCGAGACAGACUCUCUCCCCUGAAUUAAUCAUAAAUAAGCUAACUUUCUUCUGUACUAUAUUUUUAUUAACCUCAGGCAGCUGUUUUUUUUAAUAUAUAUAUAUAUAUUUUUUUUACAAAAAAAAACAAAUACCACUUGUAGUGUUUGGAGAGAGAUGGGAGAAAAAAAUGCCAAUUUUAAAUGAUAAUACCAAAAGCUAAGGUGUCUAAUUGUGUAAAUAACUUGAUCUUCCAGUCUGUUCUGCAUGGUUUGCAUCUGUAAAAUAUUGUGUUAUGUGUAGACUUGCAAAAACUUUGGUGCAUAAUACAGGUAUCAUUCAGAAACCUAUAUAAACCUGUUUACUGCUGCAGCUGACAUGUAUCAGUUUGUCAAAUGCCAUUUUAAGGCCUGUAACCUUAGAGACAUAUAAACUAUAUAUAAAGACAACUUGACUAAAUUCAUACAGUUCAUAAAGUCACAUAAAAAAUAUAUUUGCAACCUUACAUUGUUUAUUAAUAAAAAAAUCAUUAAUUUUUAAUAAAUAUAAUUUUAUAGAUUAAUUAGAACCUACUGUAAAUACUACUGUAGCACUCAAUCAUAUGAUAUUUUGAAAAAAACAGUUUAUAAUUAUGAAUAUUUUUUUUUCUUUACUAAAACCUGUCAGGUUUGGGUUUUUUGUCUGACAAAUCAGUUUUAAUUACUCACAGCAUAAACUACAUUUAAAGAAACUUACAUUUACAGUAGAUUGUGUUUUAGGCUUUUGUGUUGUUUUUGCAAGUCAAAAAAAAGUAAUAAAAAAGCAUCUAUUACAUUGUACAUGUGAAGCUUGCUUACAUAAGUUCUCCAAAUUUGAAGUGUAAUAAUUUGAAACUGUUAAAAACAAGCAUUCCUAUAUUUUCAUAUAAAAUAAAGAUGCAAAUGUUUUUAA